AUGAAUGGCAACAAUGUAGAACUCUCCAAUAAUAGAAACUCGACUUUGAAUAACGGAUAUUUCUUCCCAUUAGAGAUUGGAAAGGAUUUCAUUUUCUGUUUGUUAAUUAAAACUAUUUUCAUUUUUAAACCACCACAAAAAAGCGCUAUUAGAGAAAAUAUUACAAUUGCUGACGCGACGAAACCACCAACACCUCAACAACAGAAGCGUCCUCCUCCUCCUUCCAAAGAUGAACGAUAA